UGUCAGCUCCCUGAAGCAACUCGGAACAGAAAGCAGAAGCAGGGACGCUCCGAACCCCACCCGAACCUACCAGCGUGUUGAUCUCUCUCCACCAUGAAAGCCAUCAGUCCCGUCCGCUCGGUGAGGAGCUGCUACCGGGCCGUGUGCUGCGUGUCGGACCAGAGCCUGGCCAUCAGCCGGAAUAAGCUGUCGUGCGUGGACGAGCCGGUGGGCGCGCUGUGCGACAUCAACGACUGCUACUCCAAACUGAAGGAGCUGGUCCCGAGCAUCCCGCAGAACAAGUCUGUGAGCCAGGUGGAGAUCCUGCAGCACGUCAUCGACUACAUCUUCGACCUGGAGAUGGUUUUAUCCAUAAAGACACAGACACGCGAAUUCUCCAAAGAAGAAGAUCAGCUGUGCCAUUAAUGAAGCUGGAUCCCUCAUGGUGCAGGGAAACACAUGUCUCCACUUCACUCCGGGCAAGAGGACAAGAGGGGCAGAAAGGGUGGGAUAGGUAUUUGGAAGAAAAGACAAGAGGAGGAGGUGGAGGGCUUUAAAAGAAAAAGAACAGAAAUCUGGAGAGGAGUGGAUCAACAGCAGUGCGUGAGCAACAAAACAGACUCAUUCUUUUGCUCCUGGAUGGACGGAUCGACACACCAAAGCAGAAGCCGGGACUGGAGCGUGGACCGUCUUCACCUGGACAUUCUUUAAAUGUAUAAAAUGUCUUUUUUUAAAGCAUUCCAGACUUUUUAUGGACUCAUGAACCAAGUCUUGCAUUACCUCGCAUAUUAACCCCCCAGAACCCUUUUCCCCCUCUAGUAAUGUAAAACAGGAUUCUAAUAUGUACAUAUAAGGCAUGAGUCUGUUUUUUAUGGGACCUUUAGUUCAUCCGAACUCUAUAAUAGAGUUUAUUCCAAACGUUUGUGGGGAUUGUUUUUAUUCCCACAGACACCUUAUGGGUUUCAUAAACCCGACAUUAUAAAAGAUUUCUUUGUAUGUAUGUUAACAAUAAAAAACAGUGAUAAUGUGA